AUGGGCAUCACAGGGGUAAACGGUUAAGUCACUUGGCAAAUACCACCCAAGCACCUAGACCGAGCGGACAUGCAGAUAGAUGGGUCAGCAGCUUUUACACCAAACAUCAGGUAUAUAAAGAAUACAUUGGCCUAGAAUAUCUCACGGAAAGGCAACAUAUUAGGUUUAUACCGUAAUCCUAGUUCGCCAAGAUGAGAGUCUUCUCCCUAAUCUUCGCUACCAGCGUAACGGCGUCAACAUCGUACCUAUCAUGGACCGCAGACUCAUUCAUCCAACGCGGAGUGCAAGCAACCCGUAACUACGGAGAAGCUACACUCUACGAAGGAUACGAAGCCGCAUACGCGCUCACGAAGAAUAAGACAUACGCCGACUGGUACCAAUCCCAAAUCGACAGCGCGGUAGUCCUUGAAAACGGCACGAUCCGGGGAUGGAGAUACGACUACUACUCCCUCGACGACUACCGCAUCGGCAACAACAUCCUCUGGUGGUACGAGCACACGGGAGACAUCAAGUACAAAACAGCCGCGGACAUCAUCCGGAAGCAACUCGACCGCCACCCGCGUACACCUACAGGUGGUUUCUGGCACAGACAACCGAAUUACCCGAACCAGAUGUGGCUCGAUGGGAUAUUCAUGGCGGACAGCUUCUACGCGAAGUGGACCAGCUUGUUUGACGCGGAGAAUAAGACCGCGUGGGAUGAUAUCGCGCUUCAGUUCGAUAAUAUCGAAGCCCAUACACGGAACCGGACCUCGGGGCUCCUUGUGCAUGGGUACGAUGAGAGCAAGACAGCCGUGUGGGCCGAUCCCGUUACGGGUGCGGCACCGCUGGUGUGGAGUCGUGCCGUGGGCUGGUACUUUAUGAGCUUGCUUGAGGUUAUCCCGUUAUUUCCGGAGUCGCACCCCGGACGCGCUCGGCUUACCGAAUAUUUCACUACUCUUGCGGCUGCUCUUAAGAAAGCACAGGAUGAGGAGUCUGGUAAUUGGUGGUUAAUCAUGAGCGAACCAUAUCCGGGGGCUCCGGGCAAUUAUAUUGAGAGCAGCGCUUCGGCAAUGUUCACGUUUGGCUGGCUUAAGGGUAUUAGACUAGGUCUCAUCGCCCCGGAAGAGUAUCUCGGACCGGCUCUUAGGGCAUACCAUAGUCUAACGGAGCGCUUUACCAAAGCCAACGACGACGGCACCGUGAAUUGGGAGGGAACUGUGGAGGUUGGUUCGUUAGGAAGUAAUGGAACCUACGAGUAUUACAUCUCUGUUCCGCUAGAAGAGAAUGAUCAUAGGGGCGCGGGGUCUUUCAUGUUGGCGUCUUAUGAGAUAGAAAGACAUCACGAGUAACAAUGAGAUUGAUGAAAAGGUUCGCGGUAAGCUAUCAAAGAUUAAUAAAUAAAAUACCUAAAGA